AUGACCGCACCUGCCAGCACAAACGCCUGCACGGAAAUGAAAGGAAAAGUCAUGCAUGUAAUGUUGCAGGAUUUCAUGCCUCAAGAGAAGACUGCAGAAAAAAGUUUGAGGAAUAUGGAGAAAUACCAUGUCAACAUUGCAGAAGUUGGCAAUGGUAAGUGUGUUGCUCCAGCCGUGAUUAUUGCUGGUAUCAUUUUUCAAGAGUCACAUGCUGGGGCAGUGCUGAAGGAUGGCUGGGGUGACCAUGGAAAUGCAUUUGGUUUAGUGCAGUUACAGUGGAAUAAUGCAGAAGCUAACAAUGUCCAGAACUACAACAAAAUGGAUACUGGCACAACACACAACUACGCCAAUAAUGUGGAUGCAAGAGCCAAUUUCUGUAAGAGAAUUGGAUAUUGA